GAAGACAAGUAGAGACAGGCCCUGGAGGAUAGUCUUGGACAUUCCACACCUAGGUGAGCUCCCAGCUGAAUACAACCACUUGAGUGACCUCAUCUCUACCACAUGGAGCAGGAAAAUGCUCAGGUUGAAAAAAAUGAUGAGGACCAAAAGAUCGAACAAGAUGGCAUCAAACCAGAAGAUAAAGCUCAUAAGGCCGCGACCAAAAUUCAGGCUAGCUUCCGUGGACACAUAACAAGGAAAAAGCUCAAAGGAGAGAAGAAGGGUGAUGCCCAAGCUGCUGAGGCUGAAGGGAAUGAGAAGGAUGAAGCCCCUGUUGCUGACGGUGUGGAGAAGAAGGAGGGAGAAGGUCCCACUCCCACUGACGGGGCCCCUGCCUCUGGCCCCAAGGCUGAGGAAACCGGCAAGGCAGGCGAAACUCCUUCCGAGGAGAAGAAGGGGGAGGGCACCCCUGAUGCUGCCACAGAGCAGGCAGCCCCCCAGGCUCCUGUCCCCUCAGAAGAGAAGGCCGGCUCUGCUGAGACAGAAAGUGCCACUAAAGCUUCCACUGACAACUCGCCGUCCUCCAAGGCCGAAGACGCCCCAGCCAAGGAGGAGCCUAAACAAGCCGACGUGCCUGCUGCUGUCACUGCUGCUGCUGCCGCCACCACCCCUGCUGCAGAGGAUGCUGCUGCCAAGGCAACAGCCCAGCCUCCAACGGAUGCUGUGGAGAGCAGCCAAGCCGAGGAGAAGAUAGAAGCUGUAGAUGAAACCAAACCUAAGGAAAGUGCCCGGCAGGAUGAGGGUAAAGGAGAAGAACGUGAGGCGGACCAAGAACAUGCCUGAACUUUAAGAAAUGGCUUUCCACGUCCCCACUCUCCCCUCUCCUGAACCCUGUCUCUCCCCAUCCCUCUUCUCAACUCCACUCUGAAGUUCCCCUUCCUGUCCUGCUCACGUCCGUGAGUCUGUCCUCUCCUACCCACUAGCCCUCUUUCUCUCUGUGUGGCAAACAUUUAAAAAAAAAAAAAGCAGGAAAGAUCCCAAGUCAAACAGUGUGGCUUAAACAUUUUUUGUUUCUUGGUGUUGUUAUGGCGAGUUUUUGGUAAUGAUGAUCCAAUCAUUUCGGGAAAUUCUUGCACUGUAUCCAAGUUUUUUGAUCUGGUGCGUGUGGCCCUGUGGGAGUCCACUUUCCUCUCUAUCUCUCUCUGUUCCAAGUGUGUGUGCAAUGUUCCGUUCAUCUGAGGAGUCCAAAAUAUCGAGUGAAUUCAAAACCAUUUUUCUUUUCCUCCUUUUAAUGUGAUGGAAUGAACAAAAAGGAAAAAAAUCAAAAACCCAGUUUGUUUUGAAAAUAAAUAAAUAAAUAAAUAAAUAAAAUAAAGCAAAUGUGCCAAUUAGCGUAACUUGCGGCUCUAAGGCUCCUUUUUCAAUCUGAAUAUUAAUAAAUCAUGAGAGUAAUCAAA